GUGUUUGAAUAUAAUAAUCAAAUACACCAUUUUCUACCCCACCACUUUUCAAAAAACCAAUCGAAAAAGUUUCACUUUCAUCCAAAUAUUUAUUCAUUGCAAGACUUUUGCAAUCUGCAAGCAAACAAAGUCCGGCCAGCCUUCUUACACUGCUGAAACCACCAUUCUUCGCCGUCGGCCGUCUCCUUUCACCGGAAAACAGAAUUAUGGAGGAUCCUGGUAUCAAAUUGUUCGGAAAGAAGAUUGUGCUGCCGGAAAUCAAUAAGAGCAUUAAUCUCCCAGUCAUGUUCACGGCCGGUGGUGCUGACAAAGACGGCGGUUAUGAUCACACUCGUGGUUUAUUGAAGGAUUCAUUGGAAGGGAAGAGAGUAAACAGAGAAGGUGUAGAGAAGGAUCACAUGGUGGAAUCGGAGAACCCUAAAACUCCGUCUAUUGAAGAAGAAACUAGAACGCAAAAAUCCGAAUCAAAUCCGCAAACUAAAACCCUUAAAAAACCCGACAAGAUUCUCGCCUGCCCUCGUUGUACUAGCAUGGAUACCAAGUUUUGUUACUACAACAAUUACAAUGUGAACCAGCCGCGACAUUUUUGCAAGAGUUGCCAGAGGUACUGGACAGCCGGAGGCGCCAUGAGGAACAUGCCGGUCGGAGCAGGUCGCCGGAAAAACAAGAAUCCGGCAUCUCAUUGUCGUUUCAUAACCAUCCCCCAAGAAACUCAUUGUGUUUCAGGUGGAUCAACUGUUACAACUUCUGAUUCAACACCUGAAAACUUUCAAGAUCAAAACAGAUUCCAUUCCCAUGUCCAUUCCAUUCCUGGGGUUUCUUGGUCUUACAAUCCCUGGAAUUCAAGAAUCCCAAUUCCGGCCAUUUGUCCUCCAAUGCCGAUCUACCCUUCAACCAACUGGAAUUGUAUUCCUUUCUUACCUCCAUGUGAUCCAAUCUUGGGAAAACAUUCAUUAGACUCUGAUGAUUGUGAUCAGGAUCUAAAGAAACCUAAGAACUCGGUUCUGAUUCCCAAGACUCUCAGAAUCGACGACCCUGAUGAAGCUGCCAAAAGUUCCAUAUGGGCAACACUCGGAAUCAAAAACGAAAACUUUAAGGCCUUUGAAGAAAAGGGCGAAGAAAGAAAGAAGCGUCCAGCCACCAUAACCUCUCCAGUUCUAUACGCAAACCCCGCUGCUUUCUCUAGAUCACUUUGCUUUCAAGAAAUGGCCUAAAGUCGUUAACUUUCCAUAUUUGAUUUUAUGAUAAUACGUCGAACUCCAUUAGAUCAAUGUUCAAAAAUGGUUCAAGUCCAGCCAAUGUGAGAUUCCGCCACCUCGAAGUCUAGAUGGAAGUAGAUUGCUUUAAAGUGGUAAAUCUGAUUCUGAUAUCAUGUGAGAAUAUGCAGAACCCCAUUAAAUAAUCCUGUAAAAAGCAAGAAAAGUAGAGAGAUUCCAACAUAUACUGAGAAGAAAUGAUCUAAGUCUAGCUGAUAUGGGAUUCAGUCCAUUCCUUUGAGAGUUCAGUGUAGCUUAAUGUUCCGUUUUCUUUUGCACAAAAAGGCAAAAGAUGGGUGCUUUGUUUUGUUGUACCUAGCGUUCGAGCUUUAGUGUAAAUACAUUGUAUAGUUUAGAUUUUCCGAUUAUAAA